CACACGUCAUUUCCCUUCCCUUCUAGCGCAUCCCCCGCUCCAGAAUUUUUUUUGGUACAACUCCGGUCUCUCCUCCCAAUUGAGAACAUCAAGCCAUGCCUGCAGCUGUCCACCCCGCCCCUCAACCCUCAGAAACCUUGCCGGCUGCCAACGCCAUCCUCAGGAACCAUCGUCGCUGCACCCCAUCGCUGAAAGCUCCCAGCUGUGCCCAAAUCUGCUGCACAACCUGCUGUCUCCUUGUCUUGGGUUUCAUCGCCUUCCUGGUGUUGCUCAUCAUCGACUCCGCCGGUUCGUCGCACCCCAAGAUCUCCAUCGAUCGCAUCGCCGCCGUGGGCCUCAACACAACGCCUGGUCUCACGUUAUCCCCCCAUUUCAACGUCACCGUCCGGGUUAAGAACACGAGCAAAUUCUUCUUCAGAGACUGUUACAGCUAUGGCUAUGCCGCCAUCUCUUACUCCGGCGUCACCGUCGGCGAAGGACUCUUGCCCGUUUUCUGCCAGGGCCCGAAGAAGUCGACGGUGUUGGAGACGGUGCUGAGGGGUUCGGACAUCGUGCUUGCAGAUGGAGUGCGCGACCGACUGGCAGACGAUCAACGGCGAGGAGAGGUGGCGAUGGAGGUGGCGAUGAAGUUGCCCACGCCGUAUCAGAGCAAGUUCGUCGAGGUGAACGCUUGGUGCCAAGUGGUGGUAGGUCCAAAAUUUAGGUCAACGCCGUGUUCAGUGAAGAAAUGAUCAACACACGAUUCCUUUUUUUAAUUUUAUUUUUUUUGCAAAAUUACCAUCUUUUUGUUUGAUGUCCCGUGAUUUCACAUGGCUUCGAUAGGGAGAGUGUAUAUGUGGUGUUGUUACGUGAUCGUAUAUCAUUGUUAAUUAACAUAUAGUAGAAGAGAGCCUUUUGAUUUCAUAAUCAAUAGAAGAGAGCUUUUUAUG